AUGCAAACAUUGCUGCGACAAAGAAAAGAAGGAACAUUGAUUUCGACGAAUCAAACUACACAGCUGAUAUCGUCUUCAACAAGUUCAUCGCAGCGAACAGUAGUCACUACAACAACAUUACCUGAUCCUCGUGCUUCAUUGUGUGAUAGAACUCUUACGUCAAACAAUGUUAACAUAUCACAAAAUCCAUGUGAACAGAUACGUUGUAGUGUUAUUCUACGCAGUAGUGGUGGCCGUCUUGGCAAUCGGAUGUUUAUGUUUGCCAGUGCAUACGGUUUAGCCCGUACUCAGAAUUGCCGUUUGUACGUUGAUAAUUCAAUUAUUCGAGAGCUGUCAGAAAGUUUCCAAAUGAAAAAAGUCGACGAAAGAAUGUGGCUAUCCGAGGCAGGAUAUAGAAGCUUAACUAAUGUUCGACAAAAAAUAUCUAUCUGCAGAUUUCUAUCAAACUUAGUACGUCCACACGCAUUCAAACAUAUUGAGCUUAUUGGCUAUUGGCAAUCAUAUUUAUAUUUUGAUGCUUAUCGAGAGGAAAUUCGAGAAAUGUUCUCCGCUAAUCCCACUGUAUUAGCCAAUGUUAUCAAAUAUAUAAGAACUCUCGCGAAUCGUAUCUGUCCAUCAUGUCCACCAUUGAAUGCGACUACGCAAAAAGAGCUUCGCUAUAGUUUUCAAACACAGCAUAAUACCACAUGGAUUGGUAUUCAUAUUCGCCGACGUGAUUUUCGUGGUAUUGGUUAUGCAUCAGAUGACGCCUAUAUUCAUAAUGCAAUGACUUACUUUCGACGUCGUUAUCAUUAUCAGCAGAUUCGUUUUCUUAUCGCAAGUGACGAAAAAGAAUACUUUCAGCGUAUGUUUUCGAAAGAUAUCAAACAUAAAACAGUCUUCAUUCUCCCGGAUGGAUUUAUGCCUGGAGACGAUCUGACUGCUCUGACGUUAUGUCAUCAUUCAAUUGUAACUGGUGGCACAUACAGCUUUUGGAGUGCAUAUCUUACCGGUGGAGAUGUCAUACAUGAUAUAAAAUAUCGAGUUGAAUGUACACCGUCAGAUUAUUUUCCACCAUGGUUCGUGUUAGUAGGAACACCAAUUGAAAAACCUUUUUAUGUCGGAUCUUGA